AGCCUGGCCCAGGGACAGCCAGCCGGGCCGCCCCCGCCCUUCGCGCCUGCGCGCGAGCCUGCGCCCCUCCAACCGCUCGCAGGGGGCCAGGCCGGGGGGGGCCAAAUGCAGCCUACCGCAGCCCUAUUCCUGUUCGUGGCCGCGGCGGCCGGGCGCGGCGCGGCGGGGGCCGUGUCGCCGAUCGCCAAGGUGAUCGAGAUGCUCAACGGCAUGCUGGUGACGGGGAGGGACGAGAAGCAGAAGGAGCAGGUGCAGUUCGCCGCCUACAAGCAGUGGUGCACCAGCGUGACGGACGAGAAGACCAGGGCGGUCGAGUCCGCCACGCAGAAGCUGAGCAUGCUGGCGGCCGACAUCCAGGAGGUGACGACGUCCGCGGAGGAGCUGGCGCUGGCGGUGCAGAAGCUCGAGGCCGACGUCGCGACGUGGGAGGGCGACGAGAAGGCGGCCACCCAGGUGCGAGAGAUCGAGCGCGCGGACUACUUGAAGGCUCACAACGACUACACCGAGACGAUUGACGCAAUCACGACGGCCGUAGGCAUCCUGAGAGCACAGCCGCAGAACCGUGCGCAGGCCGUGUCCUUACUGAGCGGCUUGAGCGCGCUGGCCAAGGCCCCCGAGAAGACGCGGAAGGUGCUGGCCGCAUUCCUUUCGCGGGACGUAGAGUUCCAGACCCCAGAGGCGUACGCUUACGAGCUGCGCUCAGGGGGUGUCGUGGACAUGCUCGAGCAGUUAAAGGAUAAGUUCAUCGAUGAGCGUGCGGCGUUGGAGAAGGAGGAGACGAAUAGGCGGCACUCCUACCAAAUGCUUGUCCAGGAGCUGCACACCUCCAAGACCAACGCCGAGGCCAUGAGAUCGGACAAGGUGCAGCAGAAGGCGCAGGACUUGCAAUCUGCGGCCACCAUGAAGGGCGAGGUCAGCGACACCACCGGGACCAAGGAACAAGAUUCGAAAUUUCUCGCAGACACGAAGGCCGUGUGCAGUCAGAAGGCGUCGGACUUCGAGGAGCGGCAGAAGCUCAGGACCGAGGAACUCACUGCGAUCCAAACGGCGAUUGGCAUCCUCAACGACAUGCAGGCCCCGCACGUGGAGUCCGUUCUGAUCCAGAGGCUGGGGAGGAACGGGACCAAGUCUGCGAUGUCGUUGGUGCAGAUCUUGAAGCGAGAGAUCGGCCCAUACCAGGAUGAGGCUGCGAAGUAUUUGCAGGACCGCGCGAAGGCCAUCGACAGCCGCGUGUUGUCGGCAAUCGCAGAGCGCGUCAGCGAGGACCCUUUCGCUAAGGUCAAGAAAUUAAUUCAGGACCUUAUCGUCCGCCUUGAGGAGGAGGCUGGUGAGGAGUUGCAGCACAAGGCGUGGUGUGACAAGGAGCUCAGCAGCAACGAGAAGGUGCGGACGUCUCGAUCCACGGACGUGGAGAAGCUCACCGCUCAGAUCGACGAGAAGAGCAGCAACGUGGCGCAGCUCGGAAGCGAGGUGACCAAACUCACCCAGCAGCAGGCGGACCUGGUCACUGAAGUGGCGACACAGGAAAAGUUGUACCAGGAGGAGAGGGCGAUGAACGAGCAGUCACUCAAGGAUCGGGCGCUGACUGACGUGCCCUUGGCCAGAGGGUGUCCCCAGGGCUCCGCCCGCUUGUGGGCCCUCUUGGCGUUGAUGUUUGAUAGGGAAGAUAUCGGCGAUAUAUGUGUUCCUGCGUAUCGCUGAUACGUUGCGUAGCUCAAAGACGCUUGGGCGAUGGCAGAGCGUGUGAGAACAGCAAGACUAGGAGCAGGGAGAAAAGCGGAAGUUUGGCGGAAGUACGGCCGACGACGUUAUCGAGUCGACAAAAAUCACGCUCCUCUUGUUGGGCGCCACGGGCACCAGGGCGACGAACACUCCGUUCGGUCGAAUCUUCAUUAAGCGGGAUAGGGCGAUUUCUGCUCCGCGCGGACGCAGCCGCCAGGGAGUUGGAGACGGAGGCAGAGGAAGCGGAAAGGAAGGCGGUCGGCCGGAGUAGUCCCUUCGAGUUCGCCGCCUACAAGCAGUGCUGGUGGCGGGGCCUCCUCCUGGUCCUCCUUUCCUUUAGGCUGCGCUGUGCGUUUGUGGAUUAUAUAUAAGUUGCCGCUGGGGCCACAGGGGGUUCCCACACGGUGCCCUUGCUUUUUCCCUUUCCCUCGCUCCUCUUCCUCUUUCCGCUUCUCUGCACCGCACGCGACGGGGAAAGAGCCACACUUUGUUGCAAGAGCGUUCUCAUAGAGUAGUGGGGGCAUCGCUCACUCACCUAGUCCGUGGGACAUGUUGGUGCUCCUGUUGUCCAUAAGGGGGCUGGAUGUGUCCGCUGGAGGAGGUGCGAAGAGACUUCGGAGUGAGGCUUCGCGUGUGCCCUUUCCUUCCAUUUCCCCUCCUCUCCGAAAUCGCGCUGACAAACAAAUAUAAGUGGGAUAGGGCGAGCAAACGGCUCGCACGGCUUGUGAGAUGCAGGCCGCCUAUGUUGAGCAUUACCAUGCUCAGUGCCGCGGGCACAAUGAUCAAAAGAUGCGAAUUUGUCAGGUGAUCGUGAAACAGCGCUGCAGCAACGCGGACGUACGUAAGAACAUGCCAGGUGUAGAAAGUUAUGCAAGGUGGGCUCGAGGAAGGACAUGCCAGGUGUAGAACAAUUCUGUAUUGCUGACGUGCGCAAAGGAAUGCUUGAUGUAGAAAUGUUUGCCAUGCGGACACACGUGCUCUGUCGCUGCCUUUGCUCCUGGAGGUUGGGCUUGGCAUCUCGGCCAGAAUUUGGCUGCCCAGUGGUCUGUCCCCAUCGAUUGACGUCCCACCUGAGAGAGUAAUGAAGCGAAGAGAAGUCGGGGGUCCUAGAAUAUUUCCCCUUAUGCCGGACCCAGUGCUUCCCGC